AUGUCUAGUAAUUUACAAAGACAAAAUAUGCCUAAAAGCAAUGGUGGUGGUAAUUCAACAAAUCUAGUUAAUGGAUCAAGUAUACAAUUUGAAUAUAAUAAUCAAAAUCAAUCUCAAAUAUCAACAAAUGAAACUACUGGUACUAAAAAAAAUAAGAAAAAGAAGAAGAAGUCAAAGUCUAAGAAAUCAAAUGGUGAAAACGGUGAAAAUGGUGAAACUAUAAAUGAAUUAAGUUUUAAUGAUCCAGAUUUUGUUUAUCCAGAUUCAAGAAUUUUAAAACAAAAUUCAAAUGGUGAUGUUAUUGUACAAAGUUUGGAACCUCAACAUCAAACAAAAUCAAAUCCAUCAUCUGUAAAUAAUACAAUUAAAUCUUCUAAAAAUUCCAAAAAUAAUUCUGAUAAAUUAAUACCUGAUGAUCAAGAUGAUUUAAAUGAACAAUUAAAAGAAUAUUGGUCAAGUCUUUCACCUGAUGAAAAGAAAAAUUUAUUAAAUCUGGAAAGAGAUUCUGUAUUCAAAGUUAUGAAAGAACAACAAAGAAUCACAUGUAAUUGUUCUGUUUGUGGUCGUAAAAGAGAAAUUAUUGAACAAGAAUUGAAAAAUCUUUAUGAUAAUUAUUUUGAUGGAAUUGAUACUCAAGAAUUAAUUGCUGCUGAAUUAUUCAACAUUAAUAAUAAGCAACAAAAUCAAUUCCAAAAACAUAAACAUGAUCAACAAAUUAGACAAAAUAAUUUACAAAAUAGAAGUCGAAAUGGUUCAUCUUCAAAUAUUCAACAACAUCAGCAACAGGUACAACAACAUCAGCAACAACUGCUACAACAACAACAAAGAGCACAAAAGCAGCAGCAGCAACAGCAGCAGCAACAGCAGCAAAGUCAGCAGGGUCAACAGAAUCAACAAAAUCAACAGAACCAAAAUCAACAGAAUCAACAACAGGCCCAGCGCUCUAAUAGAUCUUCAGAAACUCAAAGAAGAAAUGGUAUAAUGUCAGUAGCAGAAGAUCUUUUACAAAAUGAUGGUAAAAAAUUUCUGGAAAUGAUGGAAAAAUUAGCAGAAUCUAGAAUACAAAGACAAAAUCAAUAUAAUAGAAAAAUUGAAUCAUAUGGUUCAAAUGCUACAAAUAAUCAAAUUGAAGAAGAAGAAGAGGAAGAGUCACAUGAUUAUGAUAAUGAAGACGCUUUUGAAGAUGAUGAAGAUGAGGAAGAUGAAGAAGUUGCAGAAUAUGAUGAUGAAGAUGAUGAAUAUUUCGAAAGUGAAUCUGAACAUGUACAAUAUCCUCAACAAGGAGUUGAUUCUGAAUAUCUUGAAGAAGAUCAAUUAAGUGCAACAACUGAAAAAGAACGUCGUGUUUUGAUUCAAUUACAACUUCAACGACAACGAGAAUUACAAAGUCAAUUACAAAGAGAAAAACAAGAAUUAAGAGUUUUACAAGAUGAUGCUCUUGAUAAUAUAGAUGAUAGUGGAGAAACACAUUCACAUAGUACUCACAAUCAUGAUCAUGAUUUUGAUCAUGAUGAUUCAGAACAUUAUAUUCAAUCAAGUUCAAGAUCCAUCAAUAAUACACAUCAACAACAUUCUCAUGUACAUCCACAUCAACAUGAACAUCAAGGUCAUCAUCAACAUCAUCACGGAUUAGAACAUCACCAUCAUAAUCAUAAUCAUCAACAAGGACAAUCAGAUAUGGAUGAAGAUGAAGAUGAUUUGGAAGAAGAAUUAGAUGAUGAAGAAGAGGAAGAUGAUGAAGCUGAAAAUGAAGACUAUAGUGAUGAUGGUAUUGAUGAAGAACAACAAUUGGAAGAAGGUAGACAGAUGCUUCAACUGUGUACCACCAAGAUGUUGAGACAAAGUCUUUUGGAAGCUUAUAAGAGAAAGAAACAAGAAGAAUAUACCAAAGCUCUGUUGGAAGAAAUGGAAAAAGAAGAAGCUCUGAAGAAACAAAAGGAAGAAAAGAAACACCGUGAGAGAGAAAAAAAGAAGGAGAAAAAACGUAUUCUACUGCAACAAAAGGAAGAAGAACGUUUGAAGAAAGAAGCUGAAGAACGUAGAAAGGAAGAAGAGAGAGAAGCUGAAAAUAAAAGAAAACAACAAGAAGGUAUGAGAAAGAAACUGGAAGCAGAUAAAAAGAAGGCUGAAGAAAAACGUAGAAGGGAAUUAAUCAAGAGAGAAAAAGAAGAACAAAAACAAAAAUUAGCUCAAGAAAAGAAGAAAAAGCUUGAAGAAGAGGCAUUGAAGAAGGAACAAGAAGAACAAAGGUUACGUGAAGAAAAAUUAGAAAAAGAAAGAAAAGCUAAGGAAGAAAUUGAAAUGCAAGAAUUAUUGAAGAAGCAAAAAGUUGAAGAUGAGUUGAGAAGACAACAACAAUUGAAAGAUGAAAAAUUAGCCUUAGAGGAAAAAUUACGUUCUGAAGAGUUAUUAAAACAACAACAAGCUCAAAAUGCUCAACCACAAGUUCAAUCUCAACAAGUUCAAUCUCAACCACAAUUUCCUCCUCAUUUACCUCAACCACAAUCACAACAACCUCUUCAACAACAACCUUUUCAACAACCUCUUCAACAACAACGUUCACAAUUUUUUGAAGGUAGAUCUUCUUCAAUUGCAUCUAAUCCAGAAUUUCAAUUUGCUCAAGCACAACAACAAUUCCCAUCUACUCAACCUUAUGUUCCAAAUGGUACAAAUCGUUUAUUUGAAAAUUUGAAUCAUCAAGCAAAUUCUCAAUUCAUUUCGUCUCCAUUAGCUUCUCAGGUUUCUUUAAAUCGUCAAAGUCAUUUACCACCAUUUUCAAGUGAACGUAAUGAUACACCACCGGGUUUAACAAAUUUGGGUAAUAAUUUUAAUGGUUUUGGUACUAAUGGAUUGGACUCUCAAAUACCUAUUAGUUUAUUUGAUACAAAUCCUACUGAAUCGGUAUCACCAUGGGGUCAAAGUGUUCGUUUAUCUAAAGAUAUUAAUCCUGAAACGUUUAGUCCAUUCCCAAAUCCAACUGCUGCUGUUAUUCCUAAUUCUCAUCAACAACCUCAAAAUCCUCAAUCGCAACAACAGCAACAACCUCAACAACCUCAACAAUCUCAAUUUGCUCCACCUGCUGGAAAUGAAAGCUUAAGAAGCUCUAUUGAUAAUUUGACUGAUGUGUUUGCAGGUUCUAGUUUGGAUACAUUGAAUGGAAAUUACAAUUCCAAUCUGUUGUCAUCUUCAGCUUCAUAUAAACCAAAUAUUUGGAAUAAUACUGAUCAACACAUUUGGUCAUCAAAUUCAAAUUCAACUGCUUCAAAUGGUUUAUUACCUCAACCACAAAAUUCUAAUUUAUUGAAUUCAAUAGGUUCACAUUCAAAUCCAUCAAAUGGUUUAUUAUCUCAAUCACAAAAUUCUAAUUUAUUAAAUCCAUUAGGAUCACAAGCAAAUGGGAUAUUAGGAUCUAAUGUUGCCCCACCUCCUCCACAAGGUCUUGGAUUUGCUCAACAAUUAGGAACUCAAACACAAGGUGGUUUAAAUGAUAACGAUCCAUUAAGGGCAAAUUAUCAAUUACAAAUUGCAAAUGCUUAUAAAAUUUGCAAAGACCAAUCACCACCAUUUGAUGAAUAUAUUGAUCUUUCCAAAGUUUUAACAAUUGUUCAAAAAUCAAUUCCAGAUUUCAAUUCUGAUUUAUUUUUGGAAAUGUGUAAUUCAAGAUCAAAUUCUCAUAAAUUUGAAAUUUUGCAACUUGAUAAUAAUCAAUAUUUCUUAAAAGUUACAGAAUUCCAUUUAUCAAGUGAAUUAGGUAGUGCUGUUCCAAGAGCUAAUUCUAAUCCUUUCAAUCAUUUCAAUGGUGGUAAUGAUUUUUUUAAUGAUACAAGAAGAAGUUUUGGUAAUGGAAACGCAUCUGGCGGUUUGAAUUGGGGUAAUCGAUUGUUGAGAUGA